AAACGCAGAAGAUCAUAAAAAACACUGCCGCUGUUUAUUUAAGUUUACAUUUGUUACCUAAUAUUCUUUAUUUUAUUCGAUAAAAAUUUAAAGUAAAAAGUUCAAAAUGUCGUCGAAAAAAGCUGUAGAUUUAUUGAAAGAAAUUGUUAAGCGUUUUCAUACAUCCACCGGAUUCGAACAAGUUUUGAAACAUGUUGAAAUUACUGGUGGGGAUGUUGGGCAUUGCUUGGCCGAGUUUGUUGUAAGAAAGGAAAAUCUAAAUGCAGCCGGUGGACUACACGGUGGAUUCACAGCAACUGUUGUUGAUAAUUUCACAACGUACGCUCUUGUCACCAAAAAUUGCAACCCUGGUGUGACUGUUGAUUUGCAUGUUAGCUACCUAAAGGGUGCUCGAGAAGGUGACACAGUUGUAAUUGAUGCCAAAGCCGUUAAAACCGGAAAAACAUUGGCUUAUUUAGAAUGUGAGCUUCGGAACAAAGAAAACGGACAAAUUAUUGCAAAAGGAUCACAAACGAAAUAUGUAGCAUAAGAUUUUUCUUCAGAAUUUGUUUUUAUUUAUUUUUAUAUUAUCAUCAAUUUUUCUUUACUGUAUUUUUGAUGUGUGAAAUAAAUGUAAUAAAAAAACUGUGUAAAA